AUGGCUGCUACUUCUUUAAGUUUGAUUGCUUUAAUCUGCUGGAUUAGUGUAGGUAAUGUACAAGGAAGUGUAAAGAUAGACUCAGACAAUAUCACUCGCAUUUUGGAUAGACUUUUGGAUGAAUAUGACAAUAGAUUACGACCUGGUUCUGGAGGUGGAAUUACAGAAGUGAAAACAGACAUCUUUGUCACCAGCUUUGGACCAGUUUCAGAUGUUGAGAUGGAAUACACCAUGGACAUGUUCUUCCGUCAGAUGUGGGUUGACGAGAGGCUCAAAUUUGAUGGUCCCACUGAAAUUUUACGCCUGAACAACAAAAUGGUGGAGAAGAUUUGGACACCGGACACUUUCUUCAGGAAUUCCAAAAAGUCAAUUUCCCACAACAUGACCACUCCCAACAAACUGUUCCGUAUUAUGCAGAAUGGGACAGUCCUCUACACCAUGAGACUAACUAUCAAUGCAGAGUGUCCAAUGAAUCUCAUGGAUUUCCCCAUGGACGGCCACUCCUGUCCUCUCAGAUUUGGAAGUUAUGGAUUCACCAGCAGUGAAAUUCGUUUCACCUGGAGAAAAGGGCUAAAAUCAUCUGUUGAGUGCCCCAAAGAGUCAAUGAGUCUUCUGCAGUAUGAUCUUGUGGGACAGACUUUGUCCAGCGAGACACUGAAGUCGAGCACAGGUCACUACUCUGUGCAGGUGGUCCAUUUCCACCUGCAGAGGAAGCUUGGCUACUACCUCAUCCAGACCUACAUCCCUCUUAUAAUGGUCGUCGUAUUGUCACAAGUCUCAUUUUGGAUCAACAAAGAGUCAGUUCCUGCACGCACAGUUGCUGGCAUCACCACAGUGCUGACCAUGACCACCUUGAGCAUCAGUGCCCGCCAGUCUUUGCCCAAAGUUGCCUACGCCACAGCCAUGGAUUGGUUCAUCGCUGUGUGUUUUGCCUUUGUGGCGUUCGCUCUCGUUGAAUUCGCAGCAGUGAACUACUUUGCCACUUUGCAGGCAAACCGCUUAAAGAAGGAAAAAGCCAGACAAGACAGACUGGAGGUGCUGGCUGCUGGCAGCGAGGACGAUGACACGAUUUCGAUGGACAGCAGCCUUCAGGAAGGCCUGAAGAAGAGGAACCACUCCAUGAGCAACAACGUGCCUCACCUGCUCAUUUUCCUCCAGCAGGGUUCGGCUGUUCCUCAGUUCCCACAGCUGGCAGGAACGAGCCGGAUCGACGUCUACGCCCGUGUCCUCUUCCCUCUGACCUUUGCCCUCUUCAACUUGGUUUACUGGUACAUCUACCUGACCAAGGACACCACGCCAGGGGUCGACGAGACAUCCGACCUUCACAGGGACCCCUCGGUCACUUUAAACCCCAACCGCUGCACGGCGACUUCUCAAGUCGAGACAGUCGCUGCCACACAAGCAAAGGAUGCUCAGAGGCACGCUCAGAGACCGAGAACUGCAUCUGAAAAAGACGGAGAUGAUAUAAUCUGUGAUGGCUGUAACUGGUGGUGA